AUGGUGUGUGACCUUCUUAUUGAUAGUGACAAUUAUGAGAAUUUUGUGUCCAUGAAGCUAGUAGAGCAUCUGAAAUUGCCUACAUGGAAGCAUCCCCAUCCUUAUGCUAUUGGGUGGAUUCAGAAGGGUCCUACAGUGAAGGUAGAAGAGGUGUGUCACAUUAUUCUUUCUAUUGGCAAGCAAUAUCGUGAUGAGGUUUUAUGUGAUGUUAUAGAUAUGGAUGCUAGUCAUGUGCUUUUAGGUAGGCCUUGGCAGUCUGAUAUGGAUAUGACUUACAAGAGAAGGGAUAAUAUUUGUCUGUUUAAAUGGGGUGAUCAUAAAGUGGCGAUAAUUCCUUCCAAGGGGCGUUCUAUUCCAUUACCUAAGGCUGCUAAGGUGGAAGGGAGUUCUUUUCUGACUAUUACUUGUUCUGAACAUGACAUUGCUGUAGAGUAUAAGAAUGUGGGAGAAAUGCAUGCCUUAGUGGUGAAGGCAUUGGUUGUGAGUCAGUCAGAGAAUGAGGAGGAGUAUGCAGAGUGUCUAGAGGCAAUCCAGCCACUGUUAGCUGAGUUUGGUGAUCUGUUUUCAGAUGAUUUACCAGAUAGCCUUCCACCAAUGAGGGAAUUUAGCACUAGAUUGAUUUUAUUCUUGGGGCUAAUCUGCCUCACUAUAUAUUGA